UUGGAACUGGUACUGACUUUCACUGGACAGGACAUAAAGUGGCAGCUACCAAAGGACUGAAAGAAGAAAGUUAAACUUUUAAAGAGGACCAAAACUAAAGACACUAAGGGUAGAAUCUGGUUCUGUUUUCUGGCUUGGAAUUCUUAUUUGCUGACUCCCAGGCUACUGAAAUGGGAAACCCCAAUGGAACUUACCAACUAAUUGAAGACUGUAAAGCUGCAGACGAGGGACUGUACAAGUUUUAUGCAGCUGUCAUGAUCGUGAUUUUUAUCAUGGCUUUGCCUCUGAAUGCAUCUGUCAUCCACCUCUUCAUAUUCAAGCUGAAGUUUUGGAAAUCCAACACAAAUAAUAUCUUCCUCUUUAACCUGGUGUUAGCCGACAUCCUCCUGCUGAUCUGCUUGCCCAUAAAAGCACAUUCCUUCAUCCAGGGAGAGCGGAGGAGUGAGAAUGAGAUCAUCUGCAAAGCCAUGCUUUUCAUGUUGUUUUUAAACCGUGGAGCUAGCAUCGCCUUCCUAACAGUGACUUCCAUUGAUCGGUAUUUUAAUGUGGUGCACCCUGGUCGGAAAAAUCUCCUGAAAACGCUCAAGAAAUCUCCACAGAUCUCUGUCCUCAUCUGGGUGCUGCUUCUGCCUCUCACCAUCCCCACCAUGCUCAAAAACUUUGACUGCUGUAACAGCCUCCAUAAAGAAAAUGCCACCCUGAUCGAGGAUGUGGUGGAUAGCAUUAGAGAGACGGUAUUCUUCACUCAGAUCCUGAUCCCGUUUGUCAUCCUGGUCUACUGCACUGUGCGCAUCGUCAACCGACUCAGGAAGAAAACAGUCUGGGAUAGGACCAAGCUGAAGAGAGCCGUAUUUCUCGUCAGCGGUGUCAUGGUGCUCUUUUCAUUCUGCUUCCUCCCCUGCACCAUAGCGAGGAUAGUUCUGCUUGUCAUUCGGGUCCAAGAUAUCCCUGAUUACAUCGAAGACAAAGCUGCAGUGGCCUUUGACGGCCUCAUGGUCCUCUCCUACAUGGACUGUCUGCUUGACCCACUGGUCUACUGUUUCUGUAGCACCAAGUUCAAAGCGCUUUAUCUCUCCAGUUACUUCCCGUUUUUAUUGAAAGGAGCUCCACAGGUAAUAGACAGCUCAACAGGACAAACAGCCAAAAUUACGAACACAACUGUCAUUUAAAGUUUAUUAAAAAAACAAAGAAGGAAGAGUUUCCAUAGAGAGUGUGGUUUCUCUCUGUAGCAGCAGCAGGUUAAAAAAAACAAUGGUUCUGAAGUUAAAAUGUGAUAUGA